UGCAUUUUAAAGCGUACAUACCUUUCUCAUACAGAUCAAGGGACCUGUGCACAAUCUAAGGAAAAAAAGAUUUUACUAUGAAAUGAAACAACAACGAUGAUGAACAACAGCAAAUUGGCCUUGAGAGGGUUUUCUCUCUCUCUCCUGCAGCUGCGAUCACUUCACCUCCUUCAAUCCCAUUGUUGCUUCUCUCACACUCCCUCCUUGCGUAGAAAUUCAAAUGAAGAUGACCCGAAUCUUGACCCACAAGGCCCACCCAAGAUUCUGGUGGUUCAACCACGUGUUCGACCAAAUACCCAUUUACAGACCAAGCUCAAUGAAGCUCUUAACCUCGCUAAUUCACUUGAUGAACAAAGAGAUGGUUUCUUUUCUACUGAUUUGAGUCUCAAAAAUUCGCCCCCUCAUCUUGUUGUUCAGAACCCACUUUCUGGCUCUAACAAGAGCCGUUCAGAUACGUACUUUGGGCCGGGGACGGUUGAUAAUAUUAAGUGCCAUAUACAUGCCAUUGAAUCAAAGCACGAUGAUGAGUUGGAUGCCGUGUUUGUCAAUGCAAUACUGUCUGCCAUUCAGCAGAGAAAUUUGGAAAGGGUGUGGGAGAAACCUGUUUUAGAUCGUGUGGGUCUUAUCAUAGAGAUUUUUAAUGCUCAUGCAUACACUAAGGAAGCGAAACUUCAGGCUGAGUUAGCAGCAAUAAUGUAUAAGAAGAGCCGGCUUGUACGAGCACGGGGUUCUGAUGGACGUUACACUUUUGGAACAAAAGGAGAAGCUGAAGUUGUGAGUGCUCGAGGGAGAGGAAGUGGUGGACGUGGUUUUAUUAGUGGUGCUGGAGAAACCGAGCUUGAGCUUCAGCGACGAAGAAUCUCAGAAAGAAGAAAGCGCCUGCUGGCUGAAAUUGAAGUAGUUCGUAGAACACGUGCUGUGCAGCGUGCUGGUCGGAGAAAGCAGGGAGUUUUAGAUGCUCCAGGGCUUGCCUCUGUUGCUGUGGUUGGAUACACUAAUGCUGGAAAGUCUACAUUAGUUAGUGCACUCUCAGACACUGAUCUUUACAGUGAUGAUAGAUUGUUUGCAACAGUUGAUCCAAAAGUACGAGGUGUGACUCUUCCGUCUGGGAGGAAGGUCCUACUUAGUGAUACAGUGGGAUUUAUAUCAGAUUUGCCAGUGCAACUAGUUGAGGCAUUUCAUGCUACCUUGGAAGAAGUUGUUGAAGCAGAUUUACUUGUGCAUGUUCUGGAUUCCAGUGCACCGAAUCUUGAGGAGCAACGACAAGCUGUAUUAGAUGUCCUGCAACGUAUAGGUGUUUCAGGGAAAAAGAUUCAAGACAUGAUUGAGGUUUGGAACAAGAUUGAUAUUCAAAGAGACACAGACACUGGAGUAGAGAACUUCAAUGAUGACUUUGAUUCCAAGUUUGAAGAGGAUGAAGAUGAAGUAACUGAUGAACAACUACUGCAAAAAGAUAAGAUGCAGGAGGACCAACGAAGUGAAUUCUCAAGUGACAGGCUUGGACCAGGAGUUGAGCCACAUGAUCAGAAAGGGGAAUUCUUCAUUGAAUCAAGGAUGAAGGAAAAAGGCCCAGAUUCUCAUCCCGAAAGUGAACACGUUCCACAUGUCAAAACUUCGGCAGUGGCAAGGAUAGGGCUGCAGGAGCUGCUUGGGCUCAUUGACGAGAAGCUGGUGCAGAAUGACAAGGAGCAACAGUCGUCACAGAUAGUGCUGGAGAGGGGCAAACUUGACCGUAAGUGGCGGCCUCCUCAAGCUGAGAAGAUUGAGAUUUCUGUGGAAUAGGGCGUGCCUUUUCUAUUCUCUCUUUUUUUGGCUACAAGUUACCAUGCAUGUUCAUCAUAGUCAUAGCCGUGCACGUUCCAUACCAAAGAGUUGAUUAUGACUUGUUGCCAAUGGCUUACAACUUACAAGGAUGUGGGGGUCUUAACGUUGCUUUCUUCAAUUUUGUGUGUACCAAGUCGCCAAAUCCAAAUCUUGGUCUGUUGAGAGCCAUGAAGGCAUUUAUGUAGGCGAGAUAUUGAUCCACCUCUCACUAUACAAACUAAACUAGUUGACAUCGAUAAUACUGAAUGUCGAUCUCUAUCUUAUACUACCUCUGUUUUUAUUUAGUUGCAA